ACUUUAGCUUCUCAAUUUUUAAAUAAAGAAAAGAAAUUAGAUAUUCAAUUUUUAAUAUUGCAGUAUUAUGAUUCGUAUUCCUAGUGCAGGUGGAUAUGAAAAGUUGGUUUAUACUACUUUACCUGAAUGUGGCUAUACAAAAGGUGUCAACAUAGAACAGCAAGAAAUAUCUGACAGUGAUUGUGUUGUUGUUGAAACAUAUGCAUGUGGUGUUAAUUAUGCUGAUAUAAUAAUACGCUGGGGCCUCUAUAAAUCUGCAACUGAUUUUGUUGGUUGGCCCAUCACACCUGGGUUUGAAUUUAGCGGCACAAUAAAAAGUGUUGGUCAAAAUGUUAAAGAUUUUGUUGUUGGUGAUAAGGUAGCAGGUCUAACCUGCUUUGGUGCUUACACAACAUGUAUUAAAGCCCCUUCUUAUAUGAUAAGAAAAGUACCAUUAAAUAUUUCAAUGUCAACAGCUGCUGGAUUUCUAACAGUUGCUGCUACUGCUUACUAUGCAGCUUUUGAGUUAUGUAAAUUGCGUGUUACUGACUCUGUGUUAGUGCAUUCUGCAGCAGGAGGUGUUGGAUCUAUGUUAUGUCAAAUGUUACGAAAUGCUGGAUGCAAUGUUGUAGGAGUUGUUGGAGCAACUCACAAGGUUGAAGCAGCAAAAAAUCUAGGAUGUUUAUCAGUUAUUGAUAAAUCAGUUCAUAAUUUAUGGGAAGAAGCCAAUAAAAUUGCACCAAAUGGUUAUGCUGCUAUUUUUGAUGCUAAUGGAGUUGAAACUCUGAAAGAUAGUUAUAAUCAUGUUAAACCUGGUGGACGGCUAAUAUCAUAUGGUUCUGCAACGCUUUUUCCUCGUUCAACAAAAACAAGCAAUGGCGAAUUGUCUACAUAUAAUUGGUUGAAAUUAGUGUGGAAUUACAAGAAUCGCACUGUAUUCGAUCCUAUGGAGAUGACAUCAUCAAACAAGAGUGUCAUGGCUUUUAAUCUUAGUUUUAUGUUCGGCGAAAAAGAAUUAAUUAAAGAAUGCUUAGAUAUUUUGUUUAAAUGGAUAAGUGAGGGUUCAAUAAAACUAGACAAUAUCACUGAGUACUCGUUACGAGACGUGGCAAACGCCCAUCGUGAUCUUGAAUCCGGUAACAGUGUAGGAAAAAUUGUAUUACUUACCAGGGAUGAAAACUAUAAAAACGUAGAAUAAAUAAAUACACACACACACACACACACACACAAACACACACACACACAAACACACACACACAUAUAUUUAUAUAUAU